GUAGCCUAGGUCUAAAAAGAGAAGUAGGGUUCAAGCAUGACGAGCUGUUUCGUGAGGAUGCGCAUGCUAUGGCUCCUGUCUGCACUGGCAGGCGCAACCUCCGCGGCGGAUUGUGCUGAUGCCGCUAGGCCUUGGCCAUCGCGAACUGCUGCAGUCACUACUGGAAAUCUGUGCUCGCAAUGGCGAUCCUUGUCAAGCGUCAAGGCACCACGCAUCAUCUUAUACCCUAUUUCAAGAAAGCAGGUCGCUAACUUCUGGAGUUAUCUCCCUGGCGCCGCCCCCGCGCUGCUGCGCGAGAUGCAGGCGGAGAUGUUUUCGACAGCAGCGGCGCUGGGGCUCGUGAGAAACGGCGAACGAGGCAACUCGGGUAACCUGGACCUUUCUAGAAACGCGCAAUCGCAGUUCAACACGGCCGCGCAGUCCUUCGCAAUCCCCAGCAAAGCACAACGAACAUGGCGGGUACGAACGACCCUCCAAGUUGACACACGCGUGCUUGACAGCAGCGGCGGCAGCAGUCGCAAGCAGGUGGGGCCCAACGCGGGCAUGGGCGCGUACGCGCAGAGCGGCAACGUGGGCAGCAUCAACAACCAGAACACCGUCAACGACCAGACCGCGGACGCCACGAAAACGGGGCCAGGAACCCCGGGCGUCAUCGCGACGCCGUACUCUCAGUACCAGCGGCGAGGUGCGACGGCGUACCAGACGAACACGCAGGCACAGACGGCGACGACGAACGGCAUCACGCCCACAUACCAGUUCGGGUCCACGUCAGCCACCAACACCAUCACAGCCGUGGGCGGGACCGGUGGCGGGUAUGGCGGGAUUGGAGCGCUCGCAGGGGGCACGGGCGCGGCGCUGGCCACGCUGAGCGGCGCGGGGGUGCCGUUCGUGACGUCGCUGGGAGGGUCGGUGCUGACGUCGGUGGAUCCCGUUGGUCAAGGGGUGAAAUGCGCGAGUCAGUUCGACGGCGGCGGGUGCAGCGAGGAGGGGUUCCUGCCCGCCGCUCACGCGAGCGCGAGGCCCGUCGAGGUGAUCUCCGAGAUUGGAACGGCGAGGGUGUAGGAGGAUGUCCGCGAUAAGAGAAGCCCCUACCUUCACGUGGCCGCGGCAAUGAACCACUAGACUGUAGUUCUUUAUAAAAUGUAACUGUAAGUAGGAGGAAUGUACAACAGAAG